AUGCGGUUCCCCCUCAAUCUGGAUGUUGCAAAAUUCUACAAGAGUGCGCCGUCAAAUAUAUUCACAUGCAUCUCCAACCCCUCGAUAUCCAUCCCCUUCUCCCGCGUCAACGACGACUUCUGCGACUGCCCCGACGGCUCAGAUGAGCCGGGCACAUCGGCCUGCUCCUACCUCUCCCCUUUAUCCCCUCCACAGUACCACCCGGGCCCUGACACACCCGCCAGCGUCUCGAUAAACAGUACACUUGCCCUACCAGGGUUCUACUGCAAGAACAAAGGCCACAUCCCCGCAUAUCUGCGGUUUGAGAGUGUGAACGAUGGCAAAUGCGACUAUGACGUGUGCUGUGACGGGUCGGAUGAGUGGGCCAAUGUCGGGGGCAUCAAGUGCGAGGAUCGUUGCCAGCAGAUCGGCAAGGAAUACCGCAAGACGGAGGAGACACGCCAAAAGAGCCUGAGGGCCGCGUUGAAGAGGAAGUCCCAGCUGACGACGGAAGCGGAGCGGCUCAGGAAAGAAGUCGAGAUCAAGAUCGAGGACGCCCAGAUCAAACUCAAGGGGUUUCAGAUCCAUGUCAAGGAGGCGGACGAGAAUCUGAAAGAGGUGGAGAGAAGAGAGAAAUUAAAGGCUAUACGAGGGAAUGCCAGUGGAAAAGGUGGUGGUAAAGUCGGGGUUCUCGUCGGGCUGGCGAAAUCGCGGGUGGACGAGUUGAGGACCCAUUUGGAAAAGACAAGAUACCAGAGAGACAGCAUGGUCGCUCGGAUUACGGAAUUGGAAGGCAUUCUCGCCGCGCUCAAGGACGAACAUAACCCCAACUUCAAUGAUGAUGGAGUGAAACGUGCUGUUCGCGGGUGGGAAGAUUAUGCCGCGAGGGAGACUGACGAUGGCUGGACCGAAGCCGAAGACCGUGACCUUGACGCUGUUCUCACAGAGGACAGUGAGACAAACGGGAUCAACUGGGCUGAGUUCGAGAACGACCUAUCCGCAGAGGCCGAGGCGGAAUCAGACGUGGCAGCUCUCUACAGAUUCAGCGCCUACUUACCGCCGUCGCUCCGUCUAUGGCUCGACGAAAGUAUUUCCUCAUUCCGCAAGAUACUUGUGGAGAACGGCAUAUUAGCUGAUACGUCCGUCGACUCCUCUGCCGCUACUCAAGAGUCCAAAGCCGUGCAGGAUGCGAAAAAGACUCUCUCCGAUGCAGAGCGGGAUGUACGCAAUGCCGAAAACGACCUACAGCGAUUCCGCGAAGACCUCGAAAAGGAUUACGGUCCCGAAGGUGGCAUAUUCCGCGCGUUGAAAGACACGUGCAUUUCCAAGGACAGCGGCGAGUAUGAGUAUGAGCUGUGUUUCAUGGGGUCGACCAAGCAAAAGCCCAAGAAAGGAGGAGCACAUACGGGAAUGGGCAAUUUCGUCGGCUUUGACACGGAAUAUGUCGACGAGCCCCCAACCACGGAUGGAAAGGGGCUCGGUACGGGCGAGCGGUUGGUUAUGAAGUACGAAAACGGUCAGCAUUGUUGGAACGGACCGAACAGGAGUACGAGGGUCAUUCUUGCCUGUUCGGAGAAGGAGGAGAUCUGGAAGAUUAGUGAGAGCGAAAAGUGCGUUUACCGCAUGGAGGUUGGCACGGCCGCGGUCUGCGAAUCACCUUCGAAGAAGAAUGGCGGCGGUGGCAGCAGUGGUGCUGGGGUUGAUGAGACCAAGAAAGAUGAACUGUAA